CCUGGCAGCAUGGCAGCGAAGCUGGGGGCUCUCCUGCUGGUCCUUGUGCUUGGCCUGGCUCAGCCAGCCUCUGCCCGCCGGAAGCUCCUGGUGUUUCUGCUGGAUGGUUUUCGCUCAGACUACAUCAGUGAUGAGGCCCUGGAGUCGUUGCCUGGUUUCAAAGAGAUUGUGAACAGGGGAGUAAAAGUGGAUUACCUGACCCCAGACUUCCCUAGUCUCUCGUAUCCCAAUUACUAUACCCUAAUGACUGGCCGCCACUGUGAGGUUCAUCAGAUGAUUGGGAACUAUAUGUGGGACCCCAGCACCAACAAGUCCUUUGAUAUCGGUGUCAACAGAGACAGCCUGAUGCCUCUCUGGUGGAAUGGAUCAGAACCUCUGUGGGUCACGCUGACCAAGGCCAAAAGAAGAGUCUACAUGUACUACUGGCCAGGCUGUGAGGUUGAGAUUCUUGGUGUCAGACCCACUUACUGCCUAGAAUAUAAAAAUGUCCCAACGGAUAUCAAUUUUGCCAACGCUGUCAGUGAUGCCCUUGACUCAUUCAAGAGUGGCCAGGCUGACCUGGCGGCCAUAUACCAUGAGCGCAUCGAUGUGGAAGGCCACCACUAUGGCCCUUCAUCACCUCAGAGAAAAGACGCCCUGAAGGCUGUGGACACCGUCCUGAAGUACAUGACCAAGUGGAUCCAGGAGCGGGGCCUGCAGGAUGACCUGAACGUCCUCCUUUUCUCCGAUCAUGGGAUGACUGACAUUUUCUGGAUGGACAAAGUGAUCGAGCUAAAUGCAUACAUCAGCCUGAAUGACGUGCAGCAAGUGAAGGACCGGGGGCCUGUUGUGAGCCUCUGGCCAGCCCCUGGCAGACACUCCGAGAUAUAUAACAAACUGAGCAUAGUGGAACACAUGACUGUCUACGAGAAAGAAGCCAUACCAAGCAGGUUCUAUUACAAGAAAGGGAAAUUCGUCUCUCCUUUGACUUUAGUGGCCGAUGAAGGAUGGUUCAUAACUGAGAGUCGAGAGACGCUUCCAUUCUGGAUGAACAGCACCGGCAGGAGGGAAGGCUGGCAACGUGGGUGGCAUGGAUAUGACAACGAGCUCAUGGACAUGAGGGGCAUCUUCCUGGCCUUUGGACCUGAUUUCAAAUGCAACUUCAGAGCCGCUCCCAUCAGGUCGGUGGAUGUCUACAACAUUAUGUGCAAUGUGGCCGGCAUCACCCCGCUGCCCAACAAUGGGUCCUGGUCCCGGGUGGUGUGCAUGCUGAAGGGCCAGGCCAGCAUGGCACCAACCAUACAGCUUGGCCGCUGUGCUCUGGCUUUGACCCUCCUCCUACUGUUUGCGUGA